AUGACAGAUAUCCUGAGUUCGCCAACAAUGAAAUCGGGUAAUGUGUUGGCACUACUUGACACUCUGUACGCAUCAGGAUUCGCUUCAGCGUCUCCAAGCGCUCCAAUGCUUGAAGGGAGGACAAUGCACACCCUCUAUGCUGUGUCGUUUAUUGUUUAUGUGUCAAACUGCAUGUGUGAUUGGUUUCAUGUUUGGGGAAUGGUGACUUCUUUCCCUUUGGAGAACUGGCUUGUUAUCUCCUUGGUGGUGACAGUUGUGGCCGGAUCAAUGUUAACCUGGUUAUUACUGGUUCUUUGCAUGGAGAACGCCUUUGCACAUCGUCUCGACGUAACACAAUAUCGCAGCGGAUUUUCUUUGAUAUGGGAAGCACUAAUUGAGUGGAUACAGGCCUUCAACAACUUCCGGGUGGCAUUCCUUGUCAUGCUUCUUCAUGAUGCUCCCAUCACGCUUCUUAAUUUCUUCUUCAUUGCACCUUUCCGUAAAAAUUAUUUCAGGCAGUAG